AUGACCCGCCUCCGAUCAGUCAUUCGGUAUCCAUGCCUCCUCAGCCUCCUCGUGUUAUGUGGAUCUGUAUCUACCAUCCUCGCAGUUGAGGAGCCCAUGAAUCUGCGAGGGCCGCCCACUGGUCCUGUAUUCAACGGCAUUUCGCGCCAAGAUGCUGUGAAGGACGAGGAGGAAAAAAAAAGAAGUAAUGUGGUGGUGCAGCAGGCUUCAUUGGUUCGAUCGACUCCAAUCAAAGACCCAAUGCAAUAUCGGCUUCUUGUCAGGGCUGCUGACAUGGAGAUCUCACCAAUGGACACGCGUGGCCAAGGUUGCUGA